CUGCUCUGCACAGACCACUGCGCGCAACAGCAACGCCGCGCUGCGGUCCCGAUCAGGAAGUGAAUCUGAAGGAAAUAAGCGACUGUGGAGGUAGAAUGACAUAGAGGGGGAGAAGUGGGAGAAGAGCGAGAUACAAGAGACUGACCGAGGGAGGGAUCGACCCUUGUUUCUGGACCCUGUAUUGAGCUGCUGGAGAUACUGCACCGCCAAAAAAAAUGCUCAUAAAGGAAUUUCGAGUGAUUCUUCCUAUCUCUGUGGAAGAGUACCAGGUCGGCCAGCUGUACUCUGUGGCUGAGGCCAGUAAGAAUGAGACGGGUGGAGGAGAAGGAGUGGAGGUGCUAAAAAAUGAGCCCUACGAGAAAGAUGGAGAAAAGGGACAGUACACACACAAAAUCUACCAUUUGCAGAGUAAAGUGCCGUCGUUCGUCAGAAUGUUGGCUCCAUCUUCAGCUCUCAACAUCCACGAGAAAGCCUGGAACGCAUACCCAUACUGUCGCACAGUUAUCACUAACGAGUAUAUGAAAGAGAACUUCCUGAUUAAGAUUGAGACAUGGCACAAACCAGACACGGGACAUCUCGAAAAUGUACAUGCUUUGGAUCCAGAAACCUGGAAGAAGGUGGAUGUAGUGUAUCUUGAUAUCGCUGACAGAACCCAAGUGGAGCCGAAGGACUACAAGCCAGAGGAGGAUCCUUGUAAGUACAAGUCAGUGAAGACAGGACGAGGCCCUCUAGGACCAGACUGGAAGAAGGAACUUCCUAAGAAGACAGACUGCCCGCACAUGUGUGCCUACAAACUGGUCACUGUCAAAUUCAAGUGGUGGGGCCUGCAAAAUAAAGUGGAGAACUUUAUUCAAAAGCAAGAGAAGCGUUUGUUCACUAAUUUCCACCGUCAGCUGUUCUGCUGGAUCGACAAGUGGAUCGACUUGAACAUGGAAGAUAUUCGUCGCAUGGAGGAGGAGACACGCAAGGAGCUAGAUGAGAUGAGAGUUAAGGACCCAGUGAAAGGGAUGGUGGCUCUAGAGGACUGAGGUUGUGUUGGACCGUGAAUGCUGCUGCUCAUCAGACCGGACUACCCAGACACCAGCGGAUUCACUUCCUCUUACUAUUCCAACUGACACAACAUCUGACCGGAUGGUCCACCCCCCCAGACACACACACACACACACACACACACACACACACACACACACACACACACACACACACACACACACACACACACACACACACACACACACACACCCACACACACCCCUCCCGCUGUACAAUCUGGUUUUCAGGGACCUGGACCCAGUAAACUCCCAGUUUUCAGAUGAUCUCCUCCAACCCAUCCCACCUCCCUUAAGUCCCAUCCACCUCUUUUUUUGUUUAUCCAUCCAGUGUCCCCAUCUUACUACCUGCUGAGGCCUCCAGUAGCGACACUAUAGAUCUCUCCAGUCCUUCCUCUUUCUUUCUCUCAGUCACUAAACUGUUCUAAGCUACAGAGGAAAUAGUGUCAUUUAUCUCUGCAAUUUAGGAUUUGUUUCUACUUUAAAUAUCCCAAUGGUGUAUAUGUACAGUAUACCGUAUAUAGGGGAGUUGAAUAAUUGUAUUGAAAUAUAUAUAUAUAUAUAUAUAUAAAUAUAUAUGAACAGGGUUUUUAAAAGGAUUUGUCUGUGAGUUUGUCUGAGGAUGUUUAGUUUUUCCAGAACAAGCUGUGCUCAUUGUUGAGUUCUGAUCCUGUGAUUUUGUCUUUUAUUGGAUGGGGGGAGGCGUUUUGCUUAAUACCUCCAUCUCUCCAUUUGUGUCAUGCAGUGUUUCCUUUUGUUGUCCAAACAAUUUGCAAAGUCCACCAACUUCAGCUGCAGAGUUGGGAUUGUGCUGAGAGUGUUAUGUAGUCCAUGCUGUACCCCUGACCCUAUAUCUCCUGUAAUAUGUUGAGGCAUUCGUUGGCUUUCCUGCUGCUUUGUGAGUUUGUGUGUGUGUGUGUGUGUGUGUGUGUGUGUGUGUGUGUGUGUGUGUGUGUGUGUGUGUGUAGCGUUGUGAGGUCAUCAAGGUUUUCCAGCCAUGUCUUUUUGUUUUUUAUCUCAUUAGGUCAUUUCUAGCUCUUUAGAUUCAUCAGGCUGUUCAAACUGA